AUGGUCAAAGCCCAGACGCAGGCCGCCCCCGCGCCGGCCACUCCGUUGGCAGCUGCAGAAGACGGGCCCCUCCCUCCAGCCCCAGCCCCGGAGGCUCUGCCCCCGCCGCCGCCCAGGGAGGCCUUCUCCAAGUCCCAGCAGCAGAGGCAAGCCAGCGAGCUCCGCCGCCUCUACAGGCACAUCCACCCCGAGCUCCGCAGGAAUCUGGCCGAGGCUGUGGCCGAGGACCUGGCCGAGGUCCUGGACUCGGGCGAGCCCACCGAGGGGGAGGUCCAGUGCAUGCGCUGGAUCUUCGAGAACUGGCGGCUGGAUGCCAUUGGGGACCGUGAGAGGCCGCCCGCCAGGGAGCCCGUGCCCGGUGGUGACGUCCAGGCUACCUCCCGCAAGUUUGAGGAAGGCGCCUUUGCCAACAGCACCGACCAGGAGCCCGCAGGAGCGCCGCCCCCCGGAGGGGACGUCCGUGCAGCCCGCCAGCUGUUUGAGACAAAGCCGCUGCAUGAGCUGAGUGGCCGGGCCGAGGCCCUGGAGGCUACGGCGAGGGAGCCUGAAGCCAGCGGCGAUGUCCGGGGUACCAGGAUGCUCUUCGAGACGCGGCCGCUGGACCGCCUGGGCUCCCGGCCCUCCAUCCAGGAGCAGAGCCCCCUGGAGCUGCGCUCGGAGAUCCAGGAGCUGAAGGGCGAUGUGAAAAAGACGGUGAAGCUCUUCCAGACAGAGCCCCUGUGUGCCAUCCAGGACGCGGAGGGCGCCAUCCACGAGGUCAAGGCUGCGUGCCGCGAGGAGAUCCAAAGCAACGCCGUGAGGUCCGCCCGCUGGCUCUUUGAAACCAAACCUCUGGACGCCAUCAACAGGGACCCCAGCCAGGUGCGGGUAAUCCGGGGGAUCUCCCUGGAGGAGGGGGCCCGGCCUGACGUCAGCGCCACUCGCUGGAUCUUUGAGACACAGCCCCUGGAUGCCAUUCGGGAGAUCCUGGUGGACGAGAAGGACUUCCAGCCGUCCCCCGACCUCAUACCUCCUGGUCCGGAUGUUCAGCACCAGAAGCACUUGUUUGAGACCCGAGCGCUAGACACUCUCAAGGGGGAAGAGGAGUCUGGAGCGGAGCCCCCAGCCAAGGAGGAAGUGGUCCCCGGCGAUGUCCGCUCUACCCUGUGGCUGUUUGAGACGAAGUCGCUGGACGGCCCGAGAGACAAGGUCCAAGUGGGUCACCUGCAGCGGGUGGGUCCCCGGGAGCCUGAGGCGCUCACGUCGGAGCAUCGGUCCGGCGAUGGCUCCGCAGCGCUGCCCCCCGCGCAGAGUGCCCCCCAGACGGGUGGGGUGAAGGGGGAUGUGAAGGCCUUCAAGAACCUUUUUGAGACCCUGCCCCUGGACAGCAUCGGGCAGGGUGUGCCUUCAGCCCAGAGGAACAUGAGCAGAGCAGAGCAGCCCCAGGACACGGGGUCCCCGGUGUACGCCGUGCAGGACGGCCAGGGCCACCUCCACGCCCUGACGUCUGUCAGCAGAGAGCAGGUAGUUGGCGGCGAUGUGCAGGGCUACAGGUGGAUGUUUGAGACGCAGCCCCUGGACCAGCUAGGCCGAAGCCCCACUACCGUGGACGUGGUGCGGGGCAUCACCCGGCAGGAGGUGGUGGCUGGAGACGUGGGCACUGCCCGCUGGCUCUUUGAGACCCAGCCCCUGGAGCUAAUCCACCAGCGGGAGCAGCAAGAGUGCCAGGAAGAGGAAGGGGAGAGCCGCGCGGGUCCGCAGCCCGAGGCGCUCCCCAGAGGGGACGUGCGCACCACGCGGUGGCUGUUUGAGACGUGCCCGAUGAGCGAGCUGGCGCAGAGGCAGGCGCCGGAGGCCACGGACCCCACGGCUCCGGCCGAGGCGCGGUCCUGCACCUGGAUGUUCGCACCCCAACCCCCCGACGGGCCAGAGGGCGCCCGGGAGCAGCGCCUGCAGGCCAGCCGGGUCCAGGCUGGGGACACACAGACACACGGACACGUCUUUGAAACCGAGCCUCUGCAGGCCUCAGGCCGUCCCUGCGGAAGGGGGCCCGUGCGCUACUGCAGCCGCGUGGAGAUCCCUUCGGGGCAAGUGUCCCGGCAGAGGGAGGUUUUCCAGGCCCUGGAGGCAGGCAAGAGGGAAGACGGGGCAUCCAGGGCGCUCCCCGAGCCCGUCCCCGUGGGCUCCGUGCGCAAGGUCACCUGGCUCUUCGAGAACUGCCCCGUGGGCUCCCUGGCGGCGGAGAGCAUCCGAGGGGACAGCUUCCCGGAGGAGCAGCCCGGGGGCCCCGCAGGCAGCGAGGUGCCAGAGAGGCAGGAGACUGCGGCGGAGGGGACUCUGAAGGCUCUGCACGCCACGCCGGGCGUCCUGCUCGGAGGAGGCGUCCUCAUGGAGGCCCGAGGGCGGGGGGAGCUCUGCCUCGCCAAGUACGUGCUCCCGGGCCCCGGGCAGGGGGGACCCCGCGUCCGGAAGGAGGAGCUGGUGUCGGGCGAGCUCCCCAGGAUCGUCCGCCAGGUGCUGCGCCGGCCCGACGUGGACCAGCGGGGACUGCUCGUCCAGGAGGACCUGGCCGGCCAGCUCCAUCUUAAGCCACUGAGGCUGCCAGGCAGCGGGAACGUGGAAGACACGGAUCCCGAGUUCCAGCAGUUGCUGGCAUGUGGUCUGGGCUCCUCGGUCGCGAGGACCGGGCUGGUGAUGCAGGAGACGGAGCAGGGGCUGCUCUCGCUGACCGCCUACGCCCUGCAGCCCCGGCUGGCCAGCAGGCUCCCCGGGAGGGGCAGCGUGCAGAUGCUGGCCAGCUGCAUCGACAAAGGAGACCUGAGUGGCCUGCACAGUCUGCGGUGGGAGCCCCCAGCGGACCCAGGCCCCGUGCCGGGCGGCGAGGGGGCCCAGACGCUGCCCCUGACUGAGAACGUCAUCCAUGUGCCCCCGCUGGACCCCGGCAUGGGGAUGGGCCCUCCGAGAGCCCCGGGGAAGGCAGGCCCUCCGGCUGCGGAAGGAAAGCAGGAAGGUGGCCGUGCUGGGCAGAGCGGGCUGGCAGCUUUGGGGGAGGCGGAAGGAGCCACAGCCACGCCCCUGGGGCCCGGGGCCUCCGACCUCCGGGCCGCCGUGCAAAAUCUGCGGGUGGCGACGGCCGAGGCCCAGAGCCCGCACCAGCAGGUUGUGAACAAGCACAAGCCAGCCUCCGGCCCCGGAGCCACCCCCGCACCCUGCCGGGACGGUCAGCGCCAAGCACCGGCCGCGGCCACCCUGGCUGCCCCGAGCGGCAGGCCUGCAGCUGGAGGUGGCCCCAGGACCUCAGCCGCCCCCCGAAAGGUCAGUGGGGAGCAGGAAGCACCGCCCACAGGGCUGCCAGGGGGGCGGGGGACUGCCCAGGACGGCAUCCACACUGCUCACCCCGUGAGGACCUCUGACCCGUCGGGGGGUGUCCAGCCGUCCGAAGGAGGGCCCCCUCGCUCGGCCCAGGCUCCCCGCCCGCCCCAGGACGGGCCGAGCCAGAGUCGGGGGCCCGGGUGGGAGGAGCCUGGGGGCCGCCCGCCGAUGGCCCGGGGACCUCCAGCGAAGGCAACGGCGAGAGUCGGCCCAGGAGGCCUCCAGGCAGCAGAGACCACGCUGAAGGUCGCCUCUUUGGCCCAGCCCGCUCUGGCCUCUGGGCCGCGGCCUGCAGGCGGCGGCCCGCACUCCCAUAACGCCUCUGUUCCUCCUCCUCUUCUCCCAGCCGCUGUGACAGGACCGGACUCCCCAGCCCCAGGCCGCCGCGAGGAGGAGUCCACGCAGCAGGACUCCGGGGCCCUGCGGGGCCCCCUCCUCCACCCCCACGGCAGUCCUGCCGGCCAGAGGGCCCCUGGGGACUCACGGACAAGGACCCCCGAGCCAGAGCCCAGGACGUCCCCGAGGACGAAACCUCAGCUGCCUCCGAAACCCGCACACCUAGGCCAGAUGCCCCCGCCCCAGGGGCUGCCCAAGCUCUCAGCUCCCUCUCCCAGCGCCUCCAAAGCCGCCGGGCAAGGAGUGUGCAAGCGCGAGGCGGGAGAGGCAGCGCACGCCCCCAGCGCUGCCAGCCAGGCAGGCCUACCUGUGGCCGGACGCCCCAGCGGGCAGAGCCGGCCCCGCCCCCAGCACGGCCCGGGUGCCUUGGCUUCCGGCUCCACCAGGAGCCAGGCUGCGGGCAGCGACGCCCAGAGCCCUGAGCCCCCCAAGCCCUCAGCUCUCAGCGGCCACCCCGCCUGGCCGCAGCAGGCUCCCAGCCCCCCAGGAGAGGCCUCCGAGAGCGCUGAGGCUGCGCGGAGGGGCCGGCAGGAGCUCCUCGGCCUCCGGAGCCGGCUGCAAGCCCUGGAGAAGGACGCCGCGGGCGGCGUGGACGUGCGGGCGCCGAGGAGGCUCCCUGAAACGGUGCCCCAGCUGGCUCGGGCUCCUGCUGCCCCCCAAAAGCCCGAGGCCUCGGUGGUGCAGGCCUUCGGGGAGCUGACGAAGGUCAGCACGGAGGUGGCCCGGCUGAGGGAGCAGACCCUGGCCAGGCUGCGGGACAUUGAGGAGGCUGUGCACAAGGCCCUCGACUCCAUGACUAGCCUCCAGCCCGAGACAGACACCGGGGGCCGGUCGCAGGGCCCCCCAAAGGACCACAGCGCCUGCAAGAGCAGCAACUCGGAUGGCAGGAAAGCCGGACCCGACUGUUCCGGCCGGGAGGCCCCAGGGCAAACCGCAGUCAUGGACGAACCCCGGGAUGCGUGCCUUCCUGAGGCCCAGAGUCAGGCCAAGGUCAGAAACCACACAGAGGCGGGGGGUCAGUCCGCCUCAGCCGUCCCUUCCACCAGGAGGCCAGAGACAGUGAGGGGAGACUCAGGCCUCCCUGGAGCCUUCCCCUGCAGCAGAGAGUCAUCCUGCCCCCCCACCUUCAUCUCCGCUGAGUCGGCCACAAGGAGGCUUCCAGAGGCUCCCAGCCUUGAUGCCUCAGUGAGAAGCACUCACCUGGCACCGGAUGCGGGCCAGGCCCGGCUCCCCCAGAAAGGUUUCCAGGACAGGGUUGGACAGACAGAGGUCCCCCCAUGCUCCAGGCAGCCCGAGCCCACCCCCGCCUCCUUAGGAAGCCCCCUGCCCGCUGGGUGGAAGAGCAUUCUGGGGCCGCGCACGGGACCGGGUGGCCCCCAGGGCUGUGGAGCCACAGGAAUGGCCACCCAGCAGCACGAAGGGGUGGGCCAGUGCAGGGACCCAGCCCUCCCGUCCUCCGCCAGGGUCGCGGGGCAGGCAGAGCUGUCCAGGGACCCGGGACCCCAGCGCGAGCUCCCCAUGCCCCCCUUGCUCCGGCCCUUCCUGCGCAGCCCAGCCGGGCUCAGUGGGGGCCUGGCCGAAGCUGGCCGGGGGCGCGCUCCCUGUGGCUGCUCCCAGCCCGAAGCCCAGUGA